AUGGAUGUAGAAGCGAAUACCGCUACAACCUCUAUGGUUGACAUCCUUCCGCCAGAAGUGUUGGCGACCAUUCUAAGUUGCGUUGCUAAGUCAUCUCCUGCUGAUCUAUUUCGGUGCAAAUUAAGUUGUAAAACGCUGCGACGGAUAUCCGAAGAAAAGGGGGUCAUUCAACAAAUUCACCUCCCUUGUAUUGAAGCACGAGAGUUGACGCCACACCAAGAAGCAGCGGAGAAGUUCUUGGUCAAGUGCGUGGAGAAUGAACAUCCUGAAGCUCUUCUUGAGUUUGGAUUUGUACGUCUCCUUUCUCAAUUAUUGGGAACUUUAUCAGUAAAUAUCUGUUACUCACUAUGUGAAACGCGACAAUACAUCAACACCAUGGUGUUGGACGAAGGAUUGACGAUGUUGGCAAGAGCAAAUGAGUUGCACAAUUCGACGGCAGCAUAUGUACUAAGCCUGAUAUACAUAUACACCGGUGAAGAAGAACGGGGUGUUAAGCUUUUGAAGAAGACUAUCAACAGCAUCGAAUCCGUGGGGAUGGUCCAGUGUAGAAGGAAGUUACGUGAUAUGGCGAAAUAUAAUGUGAUGCGCAAUCAUAUGAUUUUACAUUAUUUGCCAAAGCCGAAGAUAUUCUGCAAACAUAAACUAGAGCACGAGAAGAACUUAAACUAA